CGGCUCGGGCGGCUGCGCUGGGCGGCGGCGGUAGAGCGGCUCUCCCGCCCCCCGGCCCCCCGGCCUCCCGCCCCCCGGCACGGAGCGCCGAGCAGCCCCCGGCUCGGGACACGGACUAUGGGCGAGGAGCGCUGAGCGCCGGGGGAAGAGCUGAGGAUGAAGCGGAGAGCAUCAGACAGAGGAGCUGGGGAAACGUCUGCUCGAGCAAAAGCUCUUGGAAGUAGCAUUUCUGGGAAUAAUGCAAAGAGAGCUGGGCCAUUUAUCUUAGGUCCUCGAUUAGGUAAUUCUCCAGUGCCCAGUAUUGUCCAAUGUUUGGCAAGGAAAGAUGGGACAGAUGACUUCUAUCAGCUAAAGAUUUUGACCCUUGAAGAAAGGGGAGAACAAGGACUAGAGACCCAAGAGGAAAGGCAAGGCAAGAUGCUUUUACAUACAGAGUAUUCUCUGCUUUCCCUUCUCCACACUCAGGAUGGCGUUGUUCACCACCACGGGCUCUUUCAGGAUCGAGCUUGUGAAAUUGUUGAGGAUGUGGAAUCUACCCGGAUGAUCAAGAAAAUGAAAAAACGUAUUUGUCUAGUCCUAGACUGCCUUUGUGCACAUGACUUUAGUGACAAAACUGCAGAUCUGAUCAACCUUCAGCAUUAUGUCAUAAAGGAAAAGCGACUCAGUGAAAGAGAGACAGUAGUUAUAUUCUAUGAUGUGGUCCGAGUGGUGGAAGCCUUGCAUAAGAAAAAUAUUGUGCACAGAGACCUGAAACUUGGCAACAUGGUGCUAAACAAAAGAACUCACAGGAUAACCAUCACCAACUUCUGUCUUGGAAAACACCUUGUGAGUGAGGAUGACUUGCUGAAGGAUCAGAGAGGGAGCCCAGCAUACAUCAGCCCAGAUGUACUCAGUGGCCGUCCGUACCGAGGGAAGCCCAGCGACAUGUGGGCCCUAGGGGUCGUGCUCUUCACCAUGCUGUACGGGCAGUUCCCCUUCUACGACAGCAUCCCUCAGGAGCUCUUCCGGAAAAUCAAAGCUGCCGAGUACACGAUCCCAGAGGAUGGCCGGGUUUCUGAGAAUACUGUGUGUCUCAUCCGAAAGCUGCUAGUACUCGACCCCCAGCAGCGCCUGGCGGCUCCGGAAGUACUUGAGUCUCUGAGUGCCAUCAUUGCCUCUUGGCAGUCAGUGUCUUCACUCAGCGGGCCUUUGCAGGUGGUUCCAGAUAUUGAUGACCAGAUGAACAGCUCAGACAGCUCCCAGGAGGCCAAGGUGACAGAGGAGUGUUCCCAGUACGAGUUUGAGAACUACAUGCGGCAGCAGCUGCUCCUGGCUGAGGAGAAGAGCACCCUACACGAGGCCAGGAGCUUCCUGCAGAAGCGACAGUUUGGGAGCGUGCCCCCUGUCCGGCGGCUGGGCCGGGACGCCCAGCCCAUGAAUCCCCUGGACGCAGCCAUCCUCGCGCAGCGCUACCUCCGGAAAUAGCGAGGGGCGCCGGUCCGGCCGUGGUGCCCAUUCUCCAGCAACAGCAAUAGCUACCCCUGCCCCCGGCUCCCCGGGGCCCAGCGGGCGACCCCGGCUCCCCUGGGGCACCUCUGGCCGCCACCUGGAGGGAGGCCACUUUCUCCAGAGCAACACACUGUUAGUGUCUGGAAUGAUCGAUCGGCUGUUUGUUUUUUAAUCUGAAAAGCCUAGACAACUAAUCUGCUUUUAAUCAUGACUUUAAUCUACCUCUGUCUUUUUAACCAACCAUACUGUUUCUGGAACGAGUGCCCUGGAGAGAGCCCUGGGUCCUCUGGCCGGGUGGGCCGGGCAGCGGCUUGGAGGAGCUGCUCCAGGGGGGUUGAAUAAGCUGAGUGGUGGGAGUUGGAGCAACUGUUUCUUAAAGCCUGUCUCCCCCUCUUUCCAAGUCCCUGCUCCACCGUUCCCCAGCCUCCUCGAACUCUCCUCACCUUGACUUCCAUAAGCUUCAAGAAACUUGCCCCAUCUUAUCCUGGUUCCCAAAUAUUUAUUAUUAUUUUUUUACAGAAAGGAGCUAGUUUGUCUCCCCCUUCUUUGUGUCUGGGCUUGGGCUCUGUGCCCAGCCCCACCAGUCACUGGGGGCACGGCCAGUUUUCCAAGCUAACCCCAGCAGACACCGAGACCUGCCGCAGGUGAAGGGGCUGGUGCAGAGAAGCCCCUGCCCCUCUUGGCUAGUGAGAUCCUCUUUUUUUAAAAAGGUCUUUGACACUAUUUGUGUUCCUUUUUCCGUAGCUUAUCUGAGGUGCCGUACACUUGCAUCACUUCUGAUUUUCACAUCUUCACACUCAUUGUGGUACACAGAGAUCUAAUAUAUGACUUACAAUGUGAAAGACGUUCCUCAGAACAGCCAGUCUGAGAUUUGGGCCGGGCACUGAGAUGGGGGGCACCCGGUGUCUCUGCUCUGUUUCUCCUCAGUGGCUAGCAUCUGUGGCCCGUGGGUGCCCCUGGGAUCUCCUGGGCAAGAGGAGGCCCCGACCCCCCCCAGCUUAGAACAGACACAUCCUUCCUUUUGAGCCUCGUUGUUGUGAACUGGAUGACUGUCUCGCCAGAUGGAGCCCUCUGUCCCCCGUCCCCCAAGGCUUCCUCGGAGCUCUGCCCAGGGAGCCCUCUGGGCCAGGCUCUCCUGCCCUUUUGCCUAUUCCCCGUUCUCCCUUCCAGGAAGGAGAGAGGCUCUAGCGCUGACAGAUCCCUAGCCGGAUCAUGAUGUCCCCAGUCCUGCAGUUGUAGCACCGAGGGCCCCUUGGAGCCACACACACCCCCCAAGACGGUGCAGGAGGAGGGAAGAUGGAGACUGCCCUCUGUUCUCCCCAUCCUGGUUCCCCUAUGCUGACUCACUGUGAGUGACCUUGGGCAAGUUACAAACCUCUGUGCCUCAGUUUCCCCAUCUGGAAAAAAUGGGGCCAACUCUUGCCAGCAAGUUAGCAAGGUCCGGGAGGGCCCCGCCGGCCGAGCCCGCUCUGCGGAGCCCUGUUAGCUUGGCUCCUUGUUUGGGGAGAGCUUCGUGUUCCGUGUGACCCCAAGCACUUCCCCCUCCGCAGGGGGCCGCAGUCCCCUCUCCCAGGCUGCAGGGGAGAGCCGGCGCAGACCCAGCCCAGCGCUGGGAAAGGAGGCACAGGGGGAGCAGUCCCGCUUUUUAUAUUUAUUUUUAAGGAAAUAAAAAAGCUCCAAAGGGAGCAGAAUCACAAUCCAUGAGUCCAGUGUCAAGUGGUGGCUGGUGCGGCGCCCUCCUUCCCCUGCUGGAGCAGGGCCGGGCCCACAGAAGCACGGGGCCCUCCCUGCAGCCGCCUCCCCCCACCCGCUCCCCCCCACUUCCCUUCUGAGGAAAGUUGUUUCUCGCUGACUGGGGGUCUUUUCCCUCCUUUUCAAAGCAAUAUUUUCUGGGGGCUGCCAGGGCAUCAUACGGAGCCUUCCGCGCGGGGUUUGUGGCCCGACGAUGAUCCCGGGUCUGUAGGGCAGCGGAGGAGGGGAGCCGGGGCCUGGGGGCGGACCCUGGGGGCCUGGGCCGGGCUUCAGCGGGAGCGAGACUCGCCUCGCGAAGAGAAGGCCGCGUGUAAAGAAACAAUAAAAUGUAAAAGUCACAAAAAAAUUUGUAUAAAGACCUAUUUUUGUACUACAUCAGAACUAUUCCUGCAUGUCUGCAAUAAAGUUUCCUAACGUAGAA